GAUAUCUUCAGGAGUCUCCGUUCUCCCUCAGAGGAGGGAAAGCCCCACAGCAUUGGCAGCUCCGAACGGAUUCAGCUCUCAGGAAUGUACAAUGUUCGAAAAGGGAAAAUACAUUUGCCAGUCAACAGAUGGACAAGACGCCAAGCUAUCCUUUGUGGAACAUGCCUAAUUGUCUCAUCAGUAAAAGAAAGCCAGACUGGAAAGAUGCAUGUCCUCCCUUUAAUUGGCGGAAAAGUGGAAGAAGUGAAAAAGCACCAGCACUGUUUAGCAUUUAGCUCCUCUGGACCUCAGAGCCAGACCUACUACAUUUGUUUUGAUAACUUCACUGAAUAUUUGCGAUGGCUUCGGCAAGCAUCAAAGGUUGCAUCACAACGCAUAAGCUCAGUGGAUCUUUCAUGCUGCAGCCUGGAGCACCUGCCUGCCAACCUGUUUUAUAGCCAAGACCUCACUCAUCUCAAUUUAAAGCAGAACUUCCUGAGGCUAAACCCUAGCCCAUCCACAAAUAGAGCGCUUAGUGAAUUACAAAGAUUCACCAAGUUGAAGAGCCUUAACCUUUCCAAUAAUAAUUUAGGAGACUUCCCACUGGCAGUCUGUGGUAUCCCAACCCUGACUGAACUCAACGUGUCCUGCAAUGCCCUCAGAAGCGUUCCAGCAGUUGUAGGCGAGAUGCACAACUUGCAGACAUUUUUGCUGGAUGGCAACUUUCUGCAGUCCCUUCCUGAUGAGUUGGAGCAUAUGCAUCAGCUCAGCUACGUGAGUCUGUCCUUCAACGAGUUCACCGGCAUUCCAGGGGUGCUGGAGAAGCUGACCGCAAUGGAUAAGCUCUGUAUGUCGGGGAACUGCAUGGAUACCCUGAACCUACAGGUGUUAAAAAGGAUGCCUCACAUUAAGCAUGUGGAUCUCAGACUGAAUUCAAUCAGGAGAUUGGAGGCCGAUGAAAUAGAUUUUCUGCAUCAUGUGACCCAACUGGAUCUCAGAGACAACAAACUUGGGGAGCUGGAUGCAACAGUUUUUAACAAUGUCGAAGUCCUACACUGUGAACGGAAUCAGCUGGUCACCCUCAAAAUCAGUGGAUAUUUUCUCAAAGCGCUGUACGCUUCCUCAAAUGAACUUGUUCACCUUGAUGUGUAUCCAGUUCCUAAUUGCCUGGCUUACAUGGAUAUUUCUAGAAAUCACCUGGAAAACCUGCCUGAGUGGGUAUGUGACAGCAGGAAACUGGAAGUGUUGGAUGUUGGCCACAAUCAGAUACGUGAGCUGCCUGCCCGGUUGUUCUACAAUAGCAGCUUGCGUAAGCUGCUAGCAGGACAUAACAUGUUAGGAAGGCUACCAGAUCGACUCGAGCGAACGCAAGUGGAGGUCCUGGACGUGCAACACAACCAGCUCCUUGAACUGCCAUCUAACCUGCUGUUGAAAGCAGACAGCCUGCGAUUUCUUAAUGCCUCUGCCAACAAACUGGAAACGCUUCCUCCAGCCACUCUUUCUGAAGAAACCCAUAGCAUCUUACAGGAGUUGUAUUUGACCAGUAACAACCUCACAGAUAAAUGCGUACCCUUGUUAACAGGCCAUCCACACCUGAAAAUCUUGCACAUGGCUUACAAUCGCCUACAGAGCUUCCCUGCGAGCAAAAUGGCCAAGCUGGAAGAGUUGGAGGAAAUUGAUAUUAGUGGGAACAAACUGAAAGCCAUUCCAACAACCAUCAUGAACUGCAGACGUAUGCAUACUGUAAUUGCUCACUCCAACUGCAUCGAAGUCUUCCCAGAAGUCAUGCAGCUUUCUGAAAUAAAGUGCGUGGACCUAAGCUGCAAUGAACUGAGCGAAAUCACAUUGCCUGAAAACCUGCCUCCAAAACUACAAGAGCUGGACCUGACUGGAAAUCCCAGACUAGCCUUGGAUCACAAAACCCUAGAGCUGCUGAACAAUAUCCGUUGCUUCAAGAUCGACCAGCCCUCGGCCGGUGACGCUUCGGGAGCACCGGCGGUGUGGAGUCACGGCUACACCGAAGCGUCGGGCGUUAAGAACAAGCUGUGUGUGGCAGCGCUUUCAGCCAAUAACUUCUGCGACAACCGGGAGGCACUUUAUGGCGUUUUUGAUGGAGACCGCAACGUGGAAGUGCCGUACUUGCUGCAGUGCACAAUGAGCGAUAUCCUAGCAGAAGAGCUGCAGAAAACAAAAAAUGAGGAGGAAUACAUGAUCAACACUUUCAUCGUUAUGCAGAGGAAACUUGGAACAGCUGGACAAAAACUUGGAGGCUCUGCUGUCCUUUGCCAUAUAAAACAUGAUCCCAUGGACCCUGGUGGAUGCUUCACGCUAACCUCAGCAAACGUGGGGAAGUGCCAAACCGUUCUCUGCCGGAAUGGGAAACCUCUGCCUUUGUCCAGGUGUUACGCGAUGAGUUGCGAAGAAGAGCUGAAGAGGAUUAAGCAGCAUAAGGCCAUUAUCACAGAGGAUGGCAAAGUGAACGGUGUGACGGAUUCGACGAGAAUCUUGGGGUACACCUUCCUUCACCCAAGUGUUGUGCCGCGCCCUCACGUCCAGUCCAUCACCUUAACUCCACAAGAUGAGUUCUUCAUUCUGGGGAGCAAGGGGCUGUGGGACAGCCUCUCGAUGGAUGAAGCAGUGGAGGCAGUCAGAAACGUGCCUGAUGCUCUGGCAGCCGCAAAGAAGCUUUGCACUUUGGCCCAGAGUUACGGCUGCAACGACAGUAUCAGCGCCGUCGUGGUUCAGCUCAACGUGACAGAGGACAGCUUCUGCUGCUGUGAACUUAAUGGGGUCCCACCCCCCAGCCCAGGCAUUUUCCCCCAGUCUGUCAACGUGGUCAUCAAGGACAGGCCAACAGAUGCGCUCGGGAUGCCGUCUUCGAGCAGUGGCAUGGCUUCGGAGAUCAGCAGUGAGAUCUCCACCUCCGAAAUGAGCAGUGAGGUGGGGUCCACAGCCUCCGACGAGCCUCCACAGGUAGCCAUGAAUGAGAACAGCCCGGCCUACCCAGGGGAGCAGCGCUGCAUGCUGCACCCCGUCUGCCUGUCCAAUUCUUUUUCUGCCACGGGCACCAUAGGGCGCCGGCGGGGCAACGGUUCUGUGGCACCGCAAGAGAGGAGCCAUAACUUAAUUGAAGUUGCAACGGAUGCGCCGCUCAGAAAAACAGGGGGCUACUUCGCUGCUCCAGCACAGCCCGAUCCCGACGACCAGUUCAUCAUCCCACCAGAGCUUGAAGAGGAAGUCAAGGAGAUUAUGAAGCAGCACCAGGAACAACAGCAGCAGCAGCAGCAACAGCAGCAGCAGCAGCGGCAGUAUCCGAUGGACCACCUGGCAGACUAUUACGAUACACCACUAUGACCCACUCUAUUUACUGCUCAGAAAUAAACUAACAAACAAGGAGACUUGAGUGCGGGACCCAGCAGGCUCGCAUUACAGCAGGGGUUUUCCUUAUCCUUUUCCUUUAUAUACUUCCUUUUCCUUAUCCUGCCACUACAGAUAACUGCAGCUUUUCAGUUUGUUAGGUUUAAUAUUCAUUGACUUUCUUCUAGAGACGCUUGACCGGUAAAGUUUAAAAUAGUUAACCUUCCCUUAACAUAUCAAGUGUAAAAGCAAAAAAAGAAAAAAAUAAUAAAAAAAUAAUAAAAAGGUUUAAUAUAUUGCUGAGAAACAGAUGAUGAUGUAAUAUUUUUUAAAAUGGCUUGUUUGUUUUGUUUGAAAAGCAGGGCAGUAGCCAGUGCUAAAUGAUUUAAGUAAUAUUGUAAUACUGUAUUUCUUUGAGAGAAAAGGCUUUUUUUGGUCUUGAAAAUGAUAGACAUUUGUAGAAUAUGGAGACUAACUCCUAGGAGUUGCUUUACUCUUUCAGGUGACUUAAGUCACUGAGAUUCACUAAUUUUCUCUGAGAGAACAGUUGAUUGGGAAAUUCCUGUAAAUAGCUCAAGUGUUGUAUAGUGAUGCUUACAUGUUUUGUAGCCUUGGCAUUAAGGACACAACCUGAAAAAAUGACCUUUUUUUUCUUAAGCGACUCGUUGGGCCGUGGUCAUUGAGCGUAACAGACUGAGUGGCUGUGUACAAGUUAGCUGGAGCCGAGAUGGUGUCGACCAUUUAAAGAAACCCACUUUUUCCUCUGGUCUCUUUCUUUCCUUACUUUUACAGACACGUUUUGUUUGUGUUCCUUUCUGCUGCCACAACCAGCAUGAUUGUAUAGAGCUCAUUUGCUGUAGAACAUUUACAUACCAAGAGUUAUAUUAAAGCCGAAUGCACAAAUGAACAUGUCAUAAUUUUUGUUAUAAUAAAUAUGAAAUUUA